GUCUAACAACCACGUUUUCAAAAUGGCGGAACACGAUCUGACUGCCCGAAUGGGCUCUUUUUUAGAUCGACAUCUCGUUUUUCCCUUGUUAGAAUUUCUCUCUGUCAAAGAGAUUUACGAUGAAAAGGAAUUACUCAAAGGGAAGUUAGAUCUUCUUAGCAACACAAACAUGGUUGAUUUUGCCAUGGAUGUGUUCAAAAAUCUCUACCCAGACCAAGAAGUUCCAGAAGAGCUCGUUCAAAAGAGAACAGAAGUUGUCACACAACUGAAAUAUCUUCAGGCUCAGACAGAACCUAUUGUGAAAUGUUUUGAGGAUCCAGAGUUUAACAAUCAGAUGCAAACAACAAGAGAUGGGCGACAGUUAUUUGAAUACCUGGAAAAGAACCACGGGGUUGAGCCAGAAAUGUUAGACACAUUGUACAAAUAUGCAAAAUUUCAAUACGAGUGUGGAAACUACUCUGGUGCAGCAGAAUACUUGUACUUUUAUCGUGUGCUGGUUCCAGGGAAUGAUGAUAGAAAUACUCUGAAUGCUCUUUGGGGUAAACUAGGUUCUGAAAUCCUCAUGCAGAACUGGGAAACUGCAUUAGAGGAUUUGAACAGGUUAAAAGAUGUCAUUGAGAGCAAUAAUCAGGCAGGAACACUCCAACUGCUGCAAGAAAGAACAUGGUUGAUUCACUGGAGCUUAUUUGUGUUCUUUAAUCAUCCAAAAGGAAGAGAUCUAAUCAUUGAUUUGUUUCUUUACCAACCUCAAUACCUCAAUGCAAUCCAAACCACAUGCCCCCACAUUUUAAGAUACCUCACAACUGCUGUCAUCACUAACAAGCGCAGACGAACAGUACUCAAAGACCUGGUGAAAGUCAUUCAACAAGAGUCUUACACAUACAAGGAUCCAAUUACAGAGUUUUUGGAAUGUCUCUAUGUCAAUUUUGACUUUGAUGGGGCUCAGCAGAAGCUAAGAGAAUGUGAAACAGUGAGUGUUCCUAUUGUUACUGUUGUAAAAGAUCUAUCUUUUUUAUGCCUUUUGUGGUGUAGAAGAGUGCAGUUCAUUACAUUUGUCUGGAAAUAGGAAACAUCUCUUGGA